UGAAAAUGAUGGAAACUGCCAAAGACUGCACCAACAGGCUUGGGGCCCAAGCAGCUCUAUAUAUCAUCUCCACCUGCAUCCUAGCUUACUGGAUGUAUCUGUUCAUAGGAAUAGGUUUCUUGGUCGGAGUCAGUUUUGGGAUAACUUCCUUGCUUAUCUUCGAGCUUUAUAUUGCUUAUAAAAUUUUCAACUAUGAAGACUAUCUGAAAACAUCUAAGGACAUAGAAGAUAACAGGCUUUUCUGGAAAUAACAGACUUGAAGGCUAUCAGGAGCUGAUUGAUAAAGAUAUCUCUGAGCUUGCAAAUAAUAGACAGACUACCGAACCUAAAGAAUCUUUCGCUCUAGAUAAUGACGAGCCAGGCCAUAGGGAAGAUGCUCAGGAAUUCGACUCACCUGUAAGGACGCAGAGCGAAAAGAUGAAGCGCAAAGUUAUUGAAAAAUCCCUUCAUGAGCUCAACGAUAAGAGCUCUGACAUAAUGCUCACCAGUGGCUACGCUCCUCUGUACAGGAAGGAGAGCCGAAGGAUGAUGAACAGGAUCAUUCACAAGAACGAUGACAAAAACUUUGAAGUCCAAUUUCGUUCACGCUUAAACAAAUCACAGAGUUAUAUCAGAUACUUCAUUGAGCUGUACAGCAGAGUGACUGAGGUUGAGUUCCAGAUGAAUUUCAAAAACAUUGUUGAUCAAAAGGCCAAGUACUCCCUCACUAAGAAAAAGACGUUUCAUAUCUUUAAGAAGGAUAGUAAAUGGGUCCAGGUCAGGUAUCUUCUGAAGAACCUCGAGCACCUCCACCAAGAGAACGCCAUGUUCAUCGAGAAUGCAAUCAAGGGCCAGCUGGAAGCCUUCCUCUCAGCGAAGAGUGAUGAAUUCAGAACCCUUCAGGAUAACUAUGAUAGCUUAAAGAAAGAAAAAUACUCCACACUAGACCGACUUGAUACCCUCAAACUCAAAUAUGAAGAGUCAAAGACCGAGCUUGAAGAAACCUUACUCAAGUAUGAAAAAGCUAAAUCUAAGGGAAGCAGCUCCUACGAUAAGAUUUUGGAGAUGGAAAUGAAAGCCAAACUUGCUCAAAAGACUCUCCAUGAUCACAACACCAGCAUUGUUGAAUCUAAAGAAAACAUUAAAGAACUAAGUGGUGAGAUGAAAAAUCUUAAGGAAAUCAUCCUAACCUGCUUAUCAACUACCUGCCAGGAUAAGUUACUAACAUUUACAAGUACGGUGCAUAGCAUGAUCGGAGCCUACAUAGACUGUUUCACAGAAGCAGUCUCCAUUAUUGAGCAUGUUUUGUUCACAGACCAACAGGAGUCAGGGUUAGUUCAAGCUGAAAGGCCUUCAAUCGUAGUACGAUCAUUAUCGAAUGUAAACAAUCUAUUCAAAUUUGCAUCUCCCAUUCGCAAAGGUCAAAACUACGAUGAUCUAGUACAAGAUGAUAAUUUUCAAACGAAGGCAUCUAUGACGAUCAAAUCAGAAGCCUUUAUGAAUCUUCUCAAAACCACUAUCAGCGAGAUCAAUCUAGUCCUAGACAACGUUGAAGAGGUUGAUUAUGUCAUUCAAAACUGCAUGUCAACUUUUAUCGAUCAAAGUAUCAGGUACGAAAAGUUGCAUUCCAUCAAGAAGGCUUACUAUGACGAGGAGACCAAAAAGAGCCUCGAAUCUGUCAAUGAAAUCUUCAUUCACCUCUCUCAUAGUUUCAAAAAGUGGGAGCUCCAGUAUGAUCUCAAGAAAGAAAACUAUAAAAUUCAAGAAAAAAUCAUAUCAAUUUCUAGAAAAUGAGACCUUGAAUCUAAGCUCUUCAAGAACGAACUCAGCUGUUACAGCAAAAUAGAGGCUAAAAACAGGAAGGAGCUCACAAUUGAAGCUUUCAACACACUUCAAAAUAAGUACGAGAAAUUCAAGAGUUGCUUCGUAGAAGCGAUAGACACCAUCAAGGAACUCAAAGAGGUCAUGAAUGACAAGAUCGAUGAUGUCCGGUACGCUUUCAUCGACCAGAUCAAGAGCUUCUACGAGCUUGAGAUUGAGAAGCUCAACCAGAUAAACCCAAAACCUCUAGAGUUUCAGGAUCCUAACGAGGAGAGCAAGUCUCUCGUCCAAUCUCUGGAUAUCAUUGAAGAGGAAAAGCAAAAUAGUUCUCCGUACAAAAUGGAAGUAAACAUGGGGAAUCUCUCGGAUUGUGUCAAUGAUAGCGAAGACGACCUUACUCCAAAAAUCAAUGACCUCCGAAAGUAUUCAGGUGAGAAGAAGUUUUCCCAAAGCGUGAAGGACAUCACCAGGAAAAUUAUAGAUUUUAAUGCUUCAAACAUUGAAGAAAUUAGUAGCACUAAUUUCAACGAUUCCAUGCUUGAGAUUUCCAUGUCAAACAACCGCAAGAAGGACUCCAUUGAUGAGGACCAAUCCAGCAUGCUCAAGAUCACAAAUACAUCCAAAGAAAGAAAAGGGACCACUGAAAUCCAAAUACUAGAGGUCGAGGAAGAAGAGAAACAGCAUAAGGAAGAGACUAAAAAGCUUGUCAAGAUCGAAACAGAUGUUGGUGAAAUUUCAGAACCUCAGAACCUGCCUCCUCAGGACGUAGAGACAGCCCAUUGGCUUAACCAACUUGCUAAGGUGGUCUACUAUUGGUAUACAGAUAAAAAAUCUGAUGAACUAAAUAAUAUAUUAUGCAAACAACUCCACAAGGUAUAUAAUGACGAUGAAAAGCCUGAAUUCAUAGGAGAAAUCAAAGUGCUUGAUGUUGCUAUCGGUGGCAGUGCACCAACCUUCUUCUCAUUCCAAAAACUGGAAUCUGACGACCAUCAAUUCUUAGGAGACGUAGACCUGUCUUUCAGAGGAACUGUGGAUAUCACUCUUUCCACAGAAGUACAUCUAAAUUUCCGGAAGACCAAUUACGCUCUGAUCCCUAUAACUCUUAAAGUACGAGUCCAGAGUGUCACCGGGAAGCUAAGGAUCUUUCUCACUCAAGAUUUUGAAAGGAUGAACUGGUAUUCCUUCGUCGGGCAGCCACAAAUAAAAUUCUCAAUUGACCUAAUCCUUGGGAAGGACAACAAAUUGUCGUUCUCUAUAUUCCCAAAAAUUAAAAAAUUCAUUGAAGAAAUAUUCCAAAAACAGCUGUACAAGUUCGUAUUACCCAACAAGAAGAGGCUUGAGAUGCCCUUCUUCCCUGAUAAGAAGUUACUUUAUUAA